CGAACCGUCACUUGGGUCAGACUAUCCCAUCCAGCCGAUACGCAAAAUCGUUUGUAAGGUAAUAUUUAGGAAUAUUCAAAUAUUGAAGAAAACCUUUCGCCGAUGGUAAAAAAAUUAGUAGUCCAUCUAAUUUAUCUAGAGCUUGAAAAAACAUUGUGGGACGUAUUUGUAUGAACAAAAAAUAUAUGAAACGAAUCCCUGACUUUCGGCAAAAACCCCUGACAUUACCCUGAUAAUUUCAGAAUUUCAGAAUUCCAUAACAUUCCCAGGUUUUCGAGAACUCCCUGACCAGUGGCCACCCGGAGUAAACCGUAAUGAAACAAAAUAUACUCGUACUUUUAAAUCUUCGUUCCUUUAAAAUCAUUGUAAAAAUAAGAAAAUGGCGAGUUUUUUUCCGCAAUAUUUCGUUACGAUAACGUUACCAAUUUCGAUCUCGCAGUUUUUACGUACGUUGUAGGAACAAAAAAAAAAAGAAGAAGAAAAAGCACAUUAAUAAAGAAAUAAAAUGGAGGAAGAAGAACGGAGACGCGCAGGGCGCGCAUUUGGUAUGUUAGGGGGUGGUAAAAGGGGCUCCUCAAGAUUCUGCGGACGCGCAUGACGGUGAAAAUCGGGGUUUCGCGGUUUCGCGGUCUUGAUCAAAGCGCACCGCCGGAAUACCGACUAGCUUCAAGUCUGGACCGAGGCGAAGCAGCCUCCCGGAGUCCUGCCGAGAUCCUCGCCUCCAAUCCUUGACAUCUGGAAGAAGGAUCUUUGCGCGGCAACAGACAUCAAAAUGGACGUCGAAGAGUUUCGCAUACGGGGCAAGGAGAUGGUCGAUUACAUCGCUGAAUUCGUCAGCACCAUCCACGGGAGGCGUGUCACUCCAGAUGUAGGUCCCGGAUACUUGCGGCCGAUGCUUCCGGCCGAAGCUCCCCGCGAGCCCGAGUCCUGGGAGGACAUAAUGCGGGACGUAGAGUCGAAGAUAAUGCCGGGUAUCACUCACUGGCAGCAUCCGAGAUUUCACGCCUAUUUUCCGGCCGGGAAUUCCUUCCCUUCGAUCCUCGGAGAUAUGCUUUCGGACGCUAUUGGAUGCAUUGGAUUUUCGUGGGCCGCCAGUCCCGCCUGCACCGAGCUAGAGACGAUAGUCUGCGACUGGUUUGGCAAGGCCAUCGGACUUCCAAACGACUUCCUGUACUUCAGCGAAGGCAGCAGAGGGGGUGGCGUGAUUCAGGGGUCAGCCUCCGAGUGUGUUUUGGUUUGUAUGCUGGCUGCGAGAGCCCAGGCGAUAACCAGGCUCAAGGAAUCACAGGCCCAUGCCCACCUCGACGAAGCGAGCCUCUUGGGGAAGCUGAUGGCCUACUGCAGUCGGGAGAGUCACAGUUGCGUCGAGAAGGACGCGAUGAUCUGCUUCGUCAAGCUCCGGAUCCUCGAGCCGGACGAGCGGAGCAUUUUGAGGGGAGACACCGUGCGUCAGGCAAUCGAGGCCGACGUAGCUGAGGGUUACGUUCCAUUUUUUGUGUCCACCACUCUCGGAACGACAGCUUGUUGCUCAUUCGAUAACCUCAAAGAGAUCGGCCCAGUGUGCAAAAAAUGGCCCGGUAUUUGGCUACACGUGGACGCCGCUUAUGCCGGGAACUCGUUCAUCUGCCCGGAGCUGAAGCAGUACAUGGCUGGGAUAGAGCACGCCGAUUCGUUCAACACAAAUCCGAACAAGUUCCUCCUGACAAACUUCGACUGCUCUUGCCUCUGGGUGCGGAAUCGGUUCAAGUUGACCGGCGCCUUGGUUGUCGACCCUCUUUACCUCCAGCAUACUCACGCCGAUACCGCGAUCGACUACAGGCACUGGAGUAUCCCUCUGAGCAGGCGAUUUCGCUCCCUAAAAUUGUGGUGCGUGUUCAGAAGCUACGGAAUAUCCGGACUCCAGGCGUACAUUCGGGGUCACAUUAGUCUGGCGAAGAGGUUCGAGUCGCUUGUGAAGAAGGACUCGAGGUUCGAAGUCUGUAACGACGUCGUGCUCGGACUGGUUUGCUUCCGGGCGAAAGGCACGGACAAACUGAAUCAGAAGCUUCUGAGCGUGAUCAACGAUUCGGGAAAAAUUCACAUGAUUCCAGCCCGAGUCAAUCAGCGAUACACGAUACGAUUCGCCCUGGCAGCACCAAACGCUACUGAAUCGGACGUCGAUUACGCCUGGAGCAUUAUCACGGACUUUGCAUCGGAACUCCUCGAGUCCAAGGACGUGAUGGACGAGCUCGCCGACAUUCGGGAGAAGAAGAGGAAGGCUACUCUAGAGCAGCGGAGGUCAUUCUUCGUCCGAAUGGUCUCUGAUCCGGCGAUCCAGCCGGGCUUCACGAAGACCCCGAAUCAGUCGAACGCGAAGCUCGGAACCCAGGCGACGAUCUGCGGAACGGAGGCCAACAGCGCGCCCCCGACAGUGUGGGUAUUUUCGUUGAAUAAUUUUAUUUUCGACUCAAUAAUAGUAGCUCAAGUCAUGUUCCUCAUCCGCAGGCACUCCUGGAUAUCUUGGCCGUUGGCCUACCUCCUCCAGUCACGUGACUCGAAUUCGGACACCGGGGAACUCUCGCUGAGGUUUCGACACUUGGACACGAUGGUUCGACUCAAGGCGAACAGCGGCAACAGCAGCCGUCGGGGAAGCAGCACCGGGUGCAGCCCCGAACCCUCGCCUUCGGCUUCUCCGUCUAGAGGCCGAAGUCCGAACGGAUGUUCGUAAUGUGUUCGGGAGGAUCGAUUGAUUAUUCGCGAGCGCUGUACGAUAGAAGAACAAGCUCCUUGGCUCAACAAUCGCUAGAUUUUAUCCAAUCGACAAUAAAAUUUCUGUUCGAGAUUUCUUAAUUAUACAUAACAUACUUUCAAAUAGAUAAAUAUAUAGACGGGAAGUGAAUUAACCCUUACCCUGUCACAUGGUUCUGAGUAUACGUUUGGGUCUUUCGCUUCUUACCCUUACUUGGGCUAUUUUAAGUGCUUCAAAAAUUCUGAAAAAAUUCAUCCACGGUCUUUGAGGCGUCUAGUUUAAAAUCCGAUAGUCUGUUUAUUCAAUAAUUUACGUGGGAGAAAGCCGCGGGCGUUAGAGUUUACAAAAUAUACACAUGUCAAGAAACCACGAGAGUACAAAAGGCCCCAUCUGACGGAGUAAAGGUUGAAAUUAAAUAUAUUUCAGGUAUGCGUCAUUAAGCUCGCUGUAUAUGCAUGAAAAUUAUGUAUUAACGUGAUUAAUUGUAAGCCUGCUUUUUUCGAAAUCUCUCAUAGAAUGCAAAAGAUACUUUGUAUUUUGUUGGUUCUUUUUCCAGUUUUUUUUCUUGGUAUAUCUAUAUAUGUAUGUAUAUACCCACAUACUGCUACGCAUUUUAUCUCAACGAAAAAUUAUUGUCUCGUAACAUGGUACACUUUGUAUGCGUGAAUACAUACAUGCUAUAAUGCCUUCUACUAAUGGUUGAUUAAUUUUUCUAUUUUUUCAUGUACCUAAACAUGUUAUAGUGUACGUAUAUCCGAUUUAUUUUCAACCCCGGGUUUAUGACCGAGAGCAAUGGAAGCCGUUGCGAAUAAAUUGUAUCAUCGGUAAGAAGUAAAAGUAUCUUGCGUUAUAUUAAAUCGAACGGUUAAAUAUCGUCAAA